CGAGCCUUCUCCGCGCCGCCCCGCGCAGACAGGCAGCAGAGGGGGAUGAGCUGCGCGAGCCGCGUCCCUCAUAAAGCCUCGUUCUGCUCUCCGCGUUCAAUCCUCUCGCGGAGACCAUGGAGAGCGACAUUUCCUUCUUCCAGCUGCUCCUUCUCAGCCAAAUAGUUGUGUGUGCGGAGCCGCUGGUUCGAGGCCUGAGGAAACUCCCCGAGGACGUCGACUGGUCGUACUCAGGUGCCCUGAACCAGCGCAGCUGGGGUAAGAAGUACCCGUCCUGUAACAGCGCCAGGCAGUCUCCUGUGGACAUCGACGAGACCUUUACCCAGGUCCGGCUGCAGUACCAGAACCUACAGCUGGAAGGCUGGGACGCACUAACGGCAGAGUCCAGCACCGUCCACAACAACGGGAAGACCGUGUCCAUCAGCGUGGAAGGGGAGUUCUUUGUGAGCGGAGGCGGGCUGAGCUCCAGGUUCCGUGUUGCAACGAUCUCCUUCCACUGGGGGCGCUGCAAUGCAACAUCAGACGGGUCUGAACACAGCCUGAACGGGAUGAAGUAUCCUCUGGAGAUGCAGAUCUACUGCUUUGAUCCAGAGGACUUCCAGAGUCUGGAUGAAGCUGUGAGAGAGGGAGGCCGGGUCGCUGUGCUGGCUGUGCUCUUCCAGACCAGCUUGGAAGACAACGAGAGCUUCAGUCCAGUCAUCGAGGCCGUCGACAUGGUCAGCAAGUUUGGUAAGAGCGGCUCGAUGGAAGUGUUUACGCUGCGCUCGCUGCUGCCCAACAACACAGAUAAAUAUUACAUCUACAACGGCUCGCUCACUGCCCCCCCCUGCUCCGAGGCAGUCGAGUGGAUCGUCUUUAAACACCCUGUGGUCAUAUCAGAAACACAGCUGGAGGUGUUCUGUGACGUGAUGACCGUGGAGCAGGCUGGAUAUGUGAUUCUGACAGACUACCUGCAGAACAACUUCAGGGAGCAGCAGCAGUUCAUGGGUCAGGUGUUCGCCUCGUACACCGGCGUGGAGGACGUGCUCACACCCACCUGCAGCUCGGAGCCCGAGAACGUUCAGGCUGAUGCUCAGAACGACACAACUAUCGUGGUGAUGUGGGAGCGUCCCCGCGUGGUCUACGACACAACCAUCGACUGGUACACCGUCACCUACCAGAGGCUGCAGGGCAGGGACCAGACCAAGCAGGAGUACAGGACGGAUGGGGAUCAGGACGUGGCGGCCAUCAUCCCCAGCCUGCAGGCCAACAGCAGCUACGUUGUGCAGGUGCUCGCUGUCUGCACCAACGGACUCCGAGGACGAUGGAGUGACCAGAUCAUAGUGGACAUGCCGUUAGAAGACCCCGAAAGGGAUUCAGAUCCGGACGGCAUCACAAAAGACCCAGAAGGCAGCAGGGAGGUCUCAUCUAAAGCCAAAGAGACCCAGGUGGAGGACCACAGCCCUGUGGAGGAGGUCCCGCUGGAGCAGACCAGAGUUUACCAGAACCUCCCGGUGCAGGUCAGCACCCGUCCAGCCCCAAAGACCCCCUCCGAGUCUACCCCCCCGCACAAAACUCACCCCAAGCAGCAUGUGAAGAAGAAACCGGUCCGGACUAGGUCUGAACCCGACGAUAUGGAUCAGAACUGGAUUUACGAGGAUAGCGAUCCGACACGCGGGCCGCUCAACAGUGCAGGUUUUGACGGCAACGGUGCGAUAUGGGUAACCGAGGUAACCGAGCAGCCGGGCUUCCUGUUUCCUGUUGCUCGGAAAACCACGCUGCCACCGGUCCGCCGACAGAUCACAGAAGAGGCCUCGCUCUCGGGACCGCAUCAGUCCGGGGAGCACGGCCCACCGGACCACGCUGAAGGUGGUGUCUCUUCUCCGCAGCCGGACCUCUACCGCCCUCCUGUGGAGGACAUCACAGAUAUCUUCUAUGAAGACACAGUCAACAGCUCUGCUGUGUUGCCAGGGAACACAGUGGACAAAGUCUCCCUGCCGUCCUCUGAAGACAGAGAUGCCCCUCGCCCAGAAACCCUCCCCUCGGUGUCCUCCGCCCCCUCGCCCCUCUGGAUCACGGCGCGGGUGGCGACCCCCAGCAACACACUGGCUGAGUCGGUCUACAAAUCCUUCACCACGUCCCCCCUCCUCAGGGUGCUGGUGCACACCACCCAGCCCAUGUUUAACGAGGGCAGCAACAGCAGCCAUGAGUCUCGGGUGGGGCUGGUGGGAGGCGUGGAGCGGGAGAAGAGGACCGUCAUCCCUCUGGCUGUCGUCUCCACUCUCACCAUCCUCUGCCUGCUGGUCUUGGUGGGCAUACUCGUCUACUGGAGAAACUGUUUCCAGGCGGCUCAUUUCUACCCAGAUGACAGUGCGUCACCCAAAGUUAUAUCAGCUCCAUCUACUCCCCUGCUGCUGGCCACAGACGGUCACGAGCCGCUGACAGUGAAGCAGUUUGUGAAGCACGUGAUGGAGCUGCACAGCAGCAGCACUUUCUCCAAGGAGUUCCAGAUUGUCAAAGAAUCCUACGAGGAGGUGCAGGCGUGCACGGUGGACAUGGACAUCACUGCAGACAGCUCCAAUCAACCCGACAACAAAAGCAAGAACCGCUACAUAAACAUACUGGCCUACGACCACAGCAGAGUCAAGCUUUCCAACAGCUUGGACAGAGAUGGGAGAUGUGGAGACUACAUCAACGCUAACUUUGUAGAUGGCUAUGAGCGGACGAGGGCGUACAUCGCAGCUCAGGGGCCUCUCAGGGCGGGCCGCGAGGACUUCUGGAGGAUGAUCUGGCAGCAGAACGUGGGAGUUAUUGUCAUGAUCACCAACCUGAAGGAGAAAGGACGGACUAAGUGUGAGCAGUACUGGCCCGAGCAGAGCCAGGAGGAGUACGGGCCAUACCAGGUGAGCCUGAAGAGCAUCAGGACCCUCGCUUACUACACGCUGCGGACGUUCUCUGUCAGAGACACCACUAACAAGGCUCCUCAGAGGAGAGUUGAACACACAGUCCUUCAUUACCACUACACCCAGUGGCCAGACAUGGGCGUCCCAGAAUACACUCUGCCUGUCCUGUCCUUCAUCAGAGCAUCCUCCAGGGCGCGGACGCAGGAGAUGGGACCUGUACUGGUGCACUGCAGUGCCGGCGUGGGACGCACAGGAACCUACAUCGUGAUAGACAGCAUGCUGCAGCAAGUCCAUGAGCAGGGCUCCGUCAACGUACUGGGAUUCCUGAAGCAUGUCCGCACGCAGAGGAACUUCCUGGUUCAGACAGAGGAGCAGUACGUUUUCAUCCAUGAUGCUCUGGUGGAGGCCAUCUUGAGCCGUGGCACCUCGGUUACCUCUGACCUCCUUCACACUUAUGUGUCUGACCUCCUGACCCCCGGGGCAUCAGGCAGGACGCGCAUGGACAAACAGUUCAAGUUGAUCAGCCAGCGGCAGGCGAAGCACGCAGACUACAGCACUGCCCUGAGAGAAGGCAACGCUGAGAGAAACAGAGCCCGAGCUCUGAUGCCCGUGGAGAGAUCGAGAGUGUGUCUGAGCGUGUCAGAGACGAACUCCACCGGCUACAUCAACGCCUCCUACGUCAUGGGACAUCACCACAGCAAGGAGUUCAUCGUGAGCCAGACGCCGCUGAGCAGCACGGUGGCAGACUUCUGGAGAAUGAUCUGGGAGCACAGCACACACACUGUGGUCCGUCUGCCAGACACACACUGUCAGAGUGAAGAGGGCGGGGCUUGUGUUUACUGGCCCAGUAAAGACCAGCCAAUGAGGUUCGAGGGAUUCACUGUAUCAUAUUCGGGGGAGGAGCAUGUGUGUCUGUCCAAUGACGAGAGACUUCUGGUGCAGGACUUCACGGUGGCCUCUCCACAGAACCCCCAUGUGCUGGAGGUGCGUCAGUACAGCACCCCCUGCUGGCCAAACCCUGACAGUCCCAUGAGGAACAGCUUUGAUGUGAUCAGUGCAGUCAGAGAACACAGCAGACAUUCAGACAGACCUGCAGUCAUACAUGAUCCGUUGGGGGGAGCUACAUCAGGGCUGUUCUGUGCCCUCACCUCUCUGUGCAGUCAGCUGGAGGAAGACGGAGCAGCAGAUGUUUACCAGGUGGCCCGGAUGACCAACCUCAUGAGGCCGGGGGUCUUUAAUGAUUUAGAGCAGUACCAGUAUCUGUACCGGGCUGUGCUGAGUCUGCUGAGCAGUCAGGAAGACCAGAGAGCCCUGCAGAGUCCAGAGACCAACGGGUCGGUACCGCUGGGACAGAACAACAUCGCUGAGAGCCUGGAGUCCCUCAUGUAGACACACACACACACACACACACACACACACACACACACACACACACAC